CCACAACUGUGAAACCGCAACAUUUUACAGCAAUGUGCUGGCUGAUUUUACGUAAGGAAGAAAGACAGCUUUACGGCUACAGUGGGACUGUGCACAGCAUGUUGCAUCGUGAGCUGUGGUAGAGUGGAAAGCAUUUUUAUUAGAUUAGCUUUGACGAGCAGCUGCAGGGUGUGAGAUUGAGAAAUGGAGAAUUACCGCAAGGCUCGUACAGUGGAGCUGCCCUGCCCCCCUCCCUUCACAGGGCUUCCCCCCGACACUCCCGAGGUGAAGGUGAAGGAUGGCAGCAAGAUCCGCAACCUGAUGGGCUUCGCUAUCGGGCGCAUGGAGAGCGAGGCGGCACGGCACAUCCUGUUCAGCGGCACCAGCAAGGCUGUGGCCAAGACUAUUUCCUGUGUAGAGAUCCUGAAGCGGCGCGUCAAGGGGCUGCACCAGCUCACCCGGCUGCUCUACCGGCACAUAGAGGAGCAGUGGGAGCCGCUCGUACCUGAGGCUGGACUCGACAUCCUCACAGUCAAGAGGAAUGUGCCCGCCAUCUGGGUGCUGCUCUCCAAGGACCCCCUGGACACGGCCGAGCCAGGCUACCAGGCGCCAGGCUGCUUUGAUACGCUCUGGGCACAAGCUGUCAAGGAGGAAGCGGGCCAGCAGGGGCAGAGGAGAAAAAGACAGGGAGGUGGGGGUGGAGGCAGAGGGAAAGGGGGCAAGUCCUCCACACCCAGCAGGGGCGGUCGAAAGGAAGCUCUCGAGAGACCCCAGAGUAGAGAUGCGCCGCAGGAAUAGGGGCAUCUCUUACCAUUCUAGGAAAUAUGUUGAGCAAAGGGGAUAUGCUCUGCCAUACACAUGCUUUAGGACAGGUGUUUGUUAAAGGAUUUGGGUUCUGCUAAAGUGGGUUUCCUGUAGCUGUAGUGUAAUCCAGUCCUAUGAACAUGCACAGUGUUUGACUGGCAGCAGGUAGCUUCAAAGACUAGGAAUGUUCUCCAGGUUGUAUCUGUUAUCCUCCAACACCAGCAAUCCUACAUUUCUUUGGUAAGGUUUUGGGAAUGUCCCAGUAAAGCCACAAUACCAAAAGCAUUGAGACUGAACUAACUAUGAUGCUUCACUUGUGGAUGGAGUAAAUUGAGGCUAUUCCAUAGACCAGAACAGAUGAGGAACCAGACUUCGUCCCUUAUCUUCAGUCUUUGGGUGACCAGUGAAAGUGGGAUUCGACUGCAUUUAGCUCUGUCAUGUAUCUGUUGCCAUUUAUUAGCUGUAUGGGAAAGUUUCAAAACAGGGAGACCUAAAAGUAUUCAUCAUUUGACGAAAAGCAGAAACAUCCUCCACAUCAGGAAUUCCUGGAAGGUUUGGACUGAUGUAGCUGAUUACAUCAAACUAACCUGCAUUUUUGAUUCCCAAUGUUUUGGGUAUUAUUGUUCUUGGUGAAGAUGUGGAUUUUUUUUUUUUUUUUCUAUUUUGUUUUUGUAGCACGUCUGGUUUCCUUCCUUUGUUCUCCUUAUCUUGGCACAGAUAUACAAUAUGGCUUUUUAAACUAAUCAGAUUUAUUAACAUGCAGUAUGUAAUGAUACAAUAUUGUAACAGCUUUUUUAUGACAAAUAACCAUACAAACCAUUGUCAUACUCUGGUGAGCUGUUCUGAAGGUAUUUCAUUUGCUCAAACAGCCACAAAUCAUUAUAGAUUAGAUUAUGACACACUAAAGAAUUUAUGUAAAUGUCCAAUUUAAAUCACGGUAGGAAAGCGUAUUCUCAAAGAUAAAGCUAAAAAUAUAAGUGUAACUGCAGUCAAUAUGAGUUGACCACAAGGAUUAGAAACGGAAAUAUCCCACUCCUGAACAAAACAAACAAGAUAAUUUCAACUCCUUGAAUGGUCUCACAAAGACAGUAACUUUAAUUGAAACUGUUUUCCUGUCCCUGCUGUACAGAGUGUGUGUAAUCAACAGGUGGAUUUUCUUUGAUAUUAUUUAUUUUGGUUUCAAGGAGAGCACUAGUUCUAAAUUGGAUUGCUGUAUUUUAUGCAAAUGCUGUGUGUUAAAGUAAAAUUUGAAGUAAAGCUUCAGCUUCAGCUUUGGUGGCAGAAACUGGUGACAGUGGCAGUCCUAGCCAAGACUUGGAAUCAUUGGAGGAGCCAGAAAAUUGUGACCAGUCAGUUGGGAAAAUGAUUUAUGCUUUGUGUCAACUGACUGACUCCUAAUUUCAAGCUCCUGAUGCAGAAUAAGAAUUCUCAGAUUUCUCAUUGAUAACUUUGGUAGUACAGAAAGAAGAUUUACUCCAAGCUGGAUCUUCAGUUCCUUAUGCUAAUUUUUCUAAUUCAAGCACUAUUAAUCAGUAGGUCUACCUGUUUUGCAGCUAGAGAAUUUUUUUAAGACACUUGGUGGAGGUAGAUCUGGGCAUCAUUAGCGUGGAGGUCGUGGGAGAUAAAAUGCACAGUACUUUUAAAUUUAUAAUACUUUUCAUUGUUCUGUAAUUGAAAUUUGAAUUCAGUGUUACUGUAACUACAAUAAAAACUAACAAUUUGCA